AUGAAGUUCUCUGUUCUUGUGGCCAUUGCCGCUGCCCUCGCAAACUAUGCCGAGGCUAAACCUUACUCUGCAAAGUUGAACAAGAUCCCUGUUGAGGAGACAUUGGAUGCCGCCAGAUUCUCCGAGUACACAAACGCCUUGGCUCAGAAGUACAUUGGCGCAUUUUCUGGCGCUGGCGUCAACGUCAACGGCGGCGACAACUCCCAGCAGGUUGCAGAGAUUCCUUUUGUGCUGAACUCCAAACACGAGGCUCCUUUGACCAACUACUUGAACGCACAAUACUUCACCGAGAUCCAAUUGGGUACACCUGGACAGUCGUUUAAGGUCAUUUUGGACACUGGGUCCUCGAACUUGUGGGUGCCAUCCAGAGACUGUAGUUCAUUGGCUUGCUACUUGCACUCCAAGUAUGAUCACGACUCCUCCUCCUCCUACAAGGCCAAUGGCUCCGAUUUCUCCAUUCAAUAUGGUUCCGGUGCCAUGGAGGGCUAUGUUUCACAGGACACCUUGGCCAUUGGUGACUUGGUGAUCCCAAGACAGGACUUUGCCGAGGCAACAUCCGAGCCGGGCUUGGCCUUCGCUUUUGGUAAAUUCGAUGGUAUCUUGGGUUUGGCCUACGACACCAUUUCUGUCAACAAGAUCGUUCCUCCAGUGUACAACGCCCUUUCCCAGGGUCUUUUGGAUGCCCCACAAUUUGGUUUCUACCUUGGCGACACCAACAAGGACGAGAACAACGGCGGCGUGGCCACUUUCGGUGGUUACGACGAGUCCUUGUUCAAGGGAAAGCUCACCUGGUUGCCACUUAGAAGAAAGGCUUACUGGGAGGUCUCCUUUGACGGUAUUGGAUUAGGUGACGAAUACGCUGAGUUGUCCCAAACUGGUGCCGCCAUCGAUACCGGUACCUCAUUGAUCACCUUGCCAUCUUCUUUGGCUGAGAUCAUUAACUCCAAGAUUGGUGCCACCAAGUCAUGGUCUGGCCAGUACCAGGUGGAUUGUGACACUCGUGACAACUUGCCAGAUUUGACUUUGACUUUUGGUGGUUACAACUUUACAUUGACAGCUUAUGACUACACUUUGGAGGUUUCGGGCUCUUGUAUCUCUGCAUUCACUCCUAUGGACUUCCCUAAGCCAAUCGGCGAUUUGGCUAUUAUCGGAGAUGCAUUCUUGAGAAGAUACUACUCUGUGUACGACUUGAAGAAGGAUGCCGUGGGAUUGGCUCCAGCCAAGUAA